UUGUGGUCCAGCCCCAUGGGAAUGUCUAUGGUCGGUCAUUUUCAGCGCCUGGCAGAUAACGGGGACCAUGUGCGUUUUACUAAGCACAAAAAAUUGCUCCAGAUGUAUAUUGACAGGAAUCCCCGGUUCGUGGACUUGCUACCAUUGAUAUUGUAUGAAGAAACCUUACUGGAUUUGCAUGAGAACAGACAUGAGGACGCAAAGAAACACGCCAAUCAGGCCUUGGAGACGUCCCAAAGAUUUCAUUCACCUAAUCAUUGCUACAUCCUUUCCAAGCUCAAAUAUGUCGAGUCUGCCUUAGAUCGUAGAAAAGGAGACUAUGAAAGGGCUAGGGAGUGCCUGGAUGUUUCUGUCGAGCUUCUGUGGCCCUGUGCAGCAGGCGAGGAAACAGCAGAAAAUAGAUACUUCUAUGCAGCAUUUCUUGUAGAGAAAUCAGCAAAAAUCGGUAUUACGGCUCAAGAAGAGACCUUGGCAGAGCAGUCUUUUCAAGAUGUUCAAAAUCAUUUGAUUGCCGAUACAAGGCCUAUCACCAAUCGCUGUCAGAUCAGAUCAAAAAACAGGCAGCUCGCUUUCUACGUCAAAUCUUCCAGGCAUGUGAAACACCUUGACGUCCAGAGAGUAGUUCCUGAGCCACAAAUGGCCAAAGCACAGCAACUGAUCCGGGAGAUAGAAACACAUCACUUAGUGUACUACCAGAGUAAGCCGCGCAUGAGUUUUGAUAUCGUCAAAACAGACUACUUCAUCCGAAGGGGAAAUUAUGCUCAAGGAAUAGAGCCUUCCGCAGAAGCCUUCCAGAUUGCCGAAGAGAAAGCCUGGCACGAAUACAAGGAUGUGGCUCGUGAGAGACUUCACUUGUGCAUUGGAAGGAUGACGUGACUCGACUAGUGGGGAAAAAAACCACACAGAGAAAGAAAAGAUGUUACAAGGAAUGCAAAGUUAUUAUGGUUGGAUUGGAAUAUUGGGAUAAUUUUAGAGAAGCCAUGCUAACUUGUAUGCUGGUACUUUUCCAUAUGGCUGAAAAUGUAGAAACAGGAAUGAGCCAAGCUUUCUCGUUCGUAAAUUAUUUUAAAGACUUCGUAAACGCUCUAGAUCAUAAUUUAUAUUACUUUUUCGCCAUGGUAGUAAGAAUAAUAAUUGCAGGAAUAAUUAUGUCAUUAUUGUCUGUAUUGCUGUAAAAACUAGAUCCCAAUCCCCGCUAUAUCACCAUUAUUAUUAAUGUUAUUAUAAAUAUUAUUAUACCUUCAACUCACUAUCUCUUUUCUGAUCGGCCAGAAGCGUAAAGUUAAUUUUCGAAAUCAGCACCUGGCACGUCAUCUAGCUGCAGAUUAUGCAAUAAUCAUGUCAAGGACAUUCAAGGUUGCAGGUAAUCAUGUCAUGUACGACCGCAGUGCACGAUUCCUUAGGGUAAUCAUGUCUAGUUCGCGCCCUACUUGUGGCUUGCUGAUUUGUAUAUUUUUACACGUUUAAAUAUAAAUUAUCAGUUCCAUUUAC